AUGGAUUAUCUACCAUUUCCAUGUUUUUCAAGCGAAAAACUGGCCAUUUGGUUUGCUCAAGUGGAAUCUGUGUUCGCAUUGAACGGUGUUACAACUGAUACGGAUAAGUACGAUUACGUAGUGGCACAUACACCCACGGAAUUUACCUCAAUGGUAGAGGAUAUUCUUCUAAAUCCACCACCACAAAGCAAAUAUGAUCACAUCAAGUAUGAAUUUAUUAAACGAAUGUCGAUUUUCCAUUUGAAAAGAGAAAAGUUAAGUCAGGAAAAGCCGUCGGAAUAUCUGCGAAGACUUAUAAAAAUGGCCGAUCAACGUGUUCCAAUUGAGGUUGUUUUGAAUACGUGGUUGAAAAAUUUACCUAAGCCAGUACGUGAAGUGGUGAGUCUAGAAACAUCAGGACACGUGGAAACAAUUGGUCCUAUGGCGGAUAAAGUUAUGGCCUUGCUGCCUUCGACUGAAUUACAGAAGAACACAUCGCUAUCGUCUGAGCAGUUUGAAACUAUAGUUAAACGAAUAGAUGAGCUUGCUAAACAGGUGCAAAUAGUGCAGUUGAUGCUUGACGAGGAUCUUGCUUUUGAAGAACAGCAGAUGAUCAAGAAGCAAGAGCGUGUUUCUGGUACAGAAAAUAAGAAUGACGAGGAGAAGGGAACCGUGAAGAAUAAACGUAGUUCACAGAAUGCUUUAUGCUGGUACCAUACAGUCUUUGGUGAACGAGCUGUGGCAUGUAUUGCUCCAUGCCAAUAUAAUACAUCACCUUCGCUGCGUCAUUGA